AUGGACACGGCAAGCGAAGGGUGCGGCAAAGGCCUCCCCGGCAGGAUGCUCGUUUGGGAUUCUAGCAUGGUAUUUGAGGGCUUGGGAUUCACGGAAGGAGGCAGGUCGAGCACCUCUUGUUCAACCGCUAGAACCCCUCUAACAUAA